GAGGGGAAGAAACACAUUUCAGAUAAUCUGUGAUUAUUCCUUAAUGUGCACAAGAAAGUGCAACUUGUUGAUUGUGUUAACUGAUUUUCUGCAAGGAAGUCGAUUCAUGAAAACUCUCUGACGAAAUCAUCUGUCUUCAGGAUAAAUAUUACUACUGUCUGCAUGUUUCAAAAUCUGAUACAAACUGAACACCAGACAGACGCACUAUGAGGUUUAAAACCACUAUGUUCCCGGCCGUUUUGUUGUUUUUCGCUUGUGAUUGUGUAUCUUAUGUGUCUGUGUACCGUAGGUGAGAAUGACUACGUCCUGGUUGUCACUGUCAACACAACUAAGAUCGAGGUUCUUUUCCUUUUAAACUGUAAAAUAACAGCAUUCCCAUCACUGUUGAAUGAAGUAGACGGUUAUUGAUCCACAAUUUCAUAUAACUAAUGUGACCGAUUAGCCGACGGAUCAUCGUGGGAUUUUGGGCGGAAAAGCGUCAUUUAAAGUUGCCGUAAUUUCAUAAAAAGAGGGCUGAAAUGUGAGUAUAUGUGGACGAGUAAUUCAGAAACUGAUAGUAAUUUUCGGAAUCUGCAGGGUGAAUACUUAGGCACCAUUGUGAUCGGUUUUUAGCCGUGUUACUAACAGUCUCUAACUACUGAAUUUUACCGUUCUGAGAUCCUCAGAAUCCUUUCCUCAUAAUUCGCAUGUCCUUUAGUAACCCACGACAACGGCCAGUGACUUCCUAGGUUGAUGUCGUACUUUUGGCUGAUUAAGCCUGAUUAGCAGGUUCAACAAAUCUUAGCCACUUCAGUCGUUAAAGAUUUACUCCACUUGUUGUCAAGUGUUUGUAAUUCGUGUCCUUGUCACAUGAAAUAUUUCGUUUGUUCUGAAGCUAAAGUUUAUUUCAUAUAAAGAUUUCGUCUCAUCGAAGAUAUCUAACCAUCCAUUAAGUGAUGCCUUCACUUAUUGCGCAUCUAUUUUUGUUAUCCUGUUUUCCACAAUAAUUAGAUAUCUAAAGACCACAGAUUUUUGUACGCAUCAUCGUACAGUGAAGUGUAAUCUUGUGAUAAAUGAAGUUGAAACUAUGGCUCUUCAUUGAUUUAGGUGGCUUACGUUGUGUUAUACUUCCGAAUCAUUUCAUUCUACACAAGAAGUAUGUACAUUUUUCAAGUAAAUAAAUUCUAUUAGCCUAUUUUUCUGUCCUUGUUAAUAACUUAGCUAAAGUACCAUCGACAGUGAAACUGUAUUUGAGUUUCUUCAGAGUUAAGAGGAAUUUUUAGUGUUAUAAGUCCUAACUGAUGUGUCAUUUUUUGCCUUAAUAUAGCUCAAAAGCUCCAAGGUGUGAGCGCUUGACUUCCAACCACAGGGUCACAAACGCUGUCCCAUCUACAGAAGUUUAGGCAGCUAAGCAGUAUCAUCGGCCUACACAAUGGGUGUGGAGUUCACUGUUAACUGCAUGAAAAUGCAAGCAGUUGUUGAAAAAUAUUUCCAUUUUCAUUUCCCUCUGUCUCGAUUAAUCAGUUAUAUUUAUUAUCUCAAGUCUGGCUAGUAACUCAAAUUUGGAGUGUCAGCAGUUUCGUGCUAGUGAUAUAUAUUGCUUCGGCAGUGUAAUUUGUGUUCCUAUCAUCUGCCAGGUAAGUCCGGUUCACUUUCAUCACGCGGCGGAGUGUUCCUCACAAAAGUGAAAGGGUGAGUACGAAAGUCUUUCACUUCCGACUGGACUGGUGGACAUUCUGGUCUACCUAAAUGAGCUAGGAAGCCCUGAUUCCAAACCUGUAGUGUACAUGGGCUCCAGAGUCCGAAAGGAUCGAAUGGUGUAUGAGCCUGUUUUGGUCAAUGGCAACCACGGAGCGUAGCUCCUGAUGCUGCCACACUGCCUUGUGGAUCAGACUUCUAGUCGAAGACAACCAUUUGCUUCGGUCUGGAUGUCCGGGCGGUAUCCUGGCCGUUACAAAAACUAUAAGACUUUGUGUGGUGCAUCUCUCAUUGCUGAUAAUACUUGAAUGACAAUCCGUUGAGCGCAGAGGUUAGUUCAAUGUACGGUGAUGGUUCAGACUCCAACAUUCGACGAAUGAUUCGCUACUACAUGGAUUACUUCUACCUUUACAAUGUUCACAGCUCACCUCCUCCAAGACAAUGGAGAAGAUUGGCUGAUCCAAGCAAGGAUGGAUUUGCAUUUACCCUAAUGUGUUACAAUCUACUGAGUCCUAACUAUGCUACACCAAUGAUGUACCCAUACUGUCCUUCUUGGGCUUUAAGCUGGGAUUAUCGGAGGAGAGCUAUUCUUGAUGAAAUACGCAUAUAUCAUGCAAACAUUAUAUGUCUACAGGAAUUGCGAACUGAUCAGUUUGAAGAGGUUUUCAAACCGGAGUUACAAAAGUUGAACUAUGAUGCUGUAUUUUUACCAAAGAGUAGAAGGCGGACGAUGGAGUUAAAAGAGAGUAAAAAGGUCGACGGAUGUGCUAUAUUUUGGCAGACGGAUAAGUUUGAAAAGCUGCAUGAAUUUCACCAUGAAUUCAUGCUUUCGUGCACAAGUAUGUGUGAAAAUCCUUCACCAACUAUGCUGAAUCGUGUUGGCGCACGUGAUAAUGUUGCAGUGGGCGUAAUUUUUGAAACUAAGGGAGCUUUUGAUGGUACUGGAGGACGUCAGUUCUGUGUUACAACUGGUCACAUUCAUUGGGAUCCUGAACACUCCGAUGUAAAAGUGAUUCAAACGAUUUUGUGGACAGCGGAAUUAUGGGCGUACAUUGAUAGAUUUCUUAAAACAUCUAGAAGCGUGGCGAAACAAUUAUCACCAACAUUGUCGCGUUCUGUUCCUCUGUCAUCUAAAAUAGCCCUACCGGGUCCUUUUUCACCAGCUAUUAAUAUGCCUGUGAUAUUGUGUGGUGAUCUCAAUUCAUUACCUGAAUCUGGAGUAAUAGAAUUUCUUACUAAAGGUAGUGUAUCAUUGACGCACAGUGAUUUUCUCAACAAUGGUUAUAAGUAUAUGUUUAAAGAUUGGAGACUUUUAGAGAAGUGGGCUAUAGAUGGCAAUUCUCUAAGGCAUCGUUUCACCUUUGAUCGUGCUUAUCAGGAUUCUGAGGGCAUGUGCUUGACAAAUUUCACGUAUGACUUCAAAGGGAUGAUAGAUUAUGUUCUCUUUACUCGACAACACUUCCGACUUUUGGGCAGUCUGGAUCAAAUAUGUGAACCAUGGUUUCAAGAAAAGAAAAUACUUGGUUGUCCACACGUUCAUAUACCAUCUGAUCACUUUGCUCUUCUAGUAGAGUUAGAACUAAUGCCAACACCACUUCUGUCUAAUUCAUACAGGAACCGAUGCACCAGUGAUGAAACUGAUACUUUCACCAAUGAUCUUAAUGAGAAACGACACGAUGACACCAACGGUAAUUUACGUACGCUAAGUAAACCAGAAAACCUAAUGUCUUUAAAUAAUUCUUGUUUCACAGACCUCACUUCAACCAAUGAUGAUCUUUCAAAUAAUAACAAAUCUUGGAAACACUAACCAAAACAUUUUGAUACUUUCUAAAAGUUAUGAUCUCUUUCAGCUUUUCUUCCCAUCCAGUUUGUACAUUCCUCUGUCAGGUUGUCUCUUUAAUACACUUUACUAGUUGGUUAUGUUUGACCAUUGUCCAGGAAAACGCGCAGAUCUAGUCCACAUUUUUUUCUCCUCUUCCUCUUCCUCCUCCUCCUCUUUUUUCAACGACUUCUGUCAGUAUUUUAUAACUGAAAUCCUACUGAGAGUGAUAUCAUAAUAUCAUCGCCACUACACUAUUACACAGUUUUCUUUUUACACUAUCAAUAAUAUUGAUUGUUUUAAAGAACCAAAGUUUUAUAUUAUGAUUUGAUAAUAUAUAUUUCAUUGAGCAAUUAAUAUCUAAUAUAUAUAGAUAUUUAAUCCAUUGUUUUCAUCAUGAACAGAUCUUUUAUAUCCUCGUUAAAGUAUUUACCGUUGUGUUAUUUAUUGUCAUUACAGUUGGAUAUAUAUAUAUAAUAUAUAUAUAUAGUCAAUAAUUAUUUAUUAGAAAUCAUUCUUCAUAUCAAUGGCCUCUUUAUUCUGUUAAUUUAUGCUUCUGAUGAUUUUUAUGAAUACGAUUGUUUGUUCUUAUUGUCCUUAUAUGUUUUGUUAACUUAACUAGUGAGUUAAUUUAUUAUUACUAUUCACUAAUAUGCAUAAUAAAUGCAUCACUGUUGUAAAUAACAUGGAAAUUGAUACUUAUCACCACUACUACUACUACUACUACCGUUUGUUGUUUCAUUUACUCAUUUCUCAGUUAUUUUGUUCAAUUUUCAUGUGUGUAUAUCCGAACAUUUACACCUGUUAUUUUCAACAACAACAACAAAAUAAAUAUGUAUCUCUUGGAUCGUCAUUACAAGCGUAAUGUCAGUCAUCGUAAAAAUCCCAAUCAUAUUUCUGCAUUAGCAUACAUAGAGGCAGCCUCCUGCGCUUUAAAGAAUGCCGACUGUGUUUUAUUAAAAUAAGACUGAUAACUGAUCUCAAUCUUGAUUUUCAGAUACACAAUCACUUUUUUUUUAAAAUUCCACACCCUGAAUAACUUAUUUAUGUAGCAUAUUGUCACUCUUCACUUCUUAUCCUCCGCUUCCCCCCCUUAUAAAUCCUGUACAUGUAUGUGUUAGAUGCUCACUCUGGGAUGUAUUCAAAAUUUUAUUUGAUUGAACUCUCUUUUCUCUCUCUCUCUCUCUCUCUCUCU